GUCCCUUCGUUGUGAAGCAAUGACCACGUUUGAGCAGAUCGGUACAAAAGCCUCUUGAGAGACAGCACACUGCAACCCCCUUCAACGACCGAACAAUGUCUGCAUCCAGACUACCUAGCACAAUGCGUGCGCUGUUGCACAACCAGAAGAAACAGACCCUAGCCAUCGCCUCAACCCCUCUUCCGAGUCCGUCCUCAACCCAGUACCUCGUCAAGCCACACGCCGCGGCCCUCACAGCAGGCGAACUCCUGUGGCCUCGCCCGGAAGAGCUUACCAUUUCAACGCCCGGCGUGGAAUUUGUCGCGCAGGUGGUGGAAUCUCCAUCCUCGAGCUCAAAAUUCAAGCCAGGAGACGAGGUCUACGGGCGCGUCACUUACCCACAGGCAGGGGCUGCAAGGGAGUAUUCCCUUUCUGACGAUAGUGAGCUCGCGCUUCGUCCAAGAAACUUGUCCAUCAAUGAAGCAGCCACCAUGCCGGUCGGCGCCUUGACCGCGUGGCAAGCAUUGUUCGAGCAAUUCGAACUCGCCCCUCCGGCCUCCGACUCCGCAAGGGAGCCCACCCGGCAACAACAGCGCAUCCUCAUCACCAAUGCCUCUGGCGGCGUCGGGAUCUGGGCCGUCCAGCUCGCCAAACUCAUCAACCUCUAUGUGGUCGGCACCACGGGGCCCAACAACCUCGACUUCGUCCGCUCUCUCGGCGCAGACGAAGUCCUCGACUACCGCACCACGAACAUCCGCUCUUGGGCCGAGGAAGACCCGGCUGCACGCAAGGUGGAUUUCGUCUUCGACUGCAUCGGCCUCUCCUCGCUCGAGCAAGCGUGGCACGCAGUCAAGCGAGGCGGACAGCUCCUGACCAUCGUGCCCCCAGCGGACAUGCAGUGGAGGUUUGUCCUGGAUCGUCCCAAAGGCGUUGACGAGAGCGUCACGGGGAAGUUCUUCGUCAUGCACCCCUCUGGGGAGCAGCUGGGCAAGAUCACCGAGCUGGCGGAACAGGGCAAAGUCAGGGCCGUGGUGGAUAGCGUGUUCAAGCUGGACAAGUUUGAGAAAGCGUUUGAACGCUUGGGCAGUGGCCGGACGAGAGGAAAGGUCGUAUUGAGGCUUGAUGAUGAGGAGUAGCACAGCUGUCUUCAGAUGAAACUGCUCGGAGAAGCUGAAGGUUUGUAAUAUAUUGUCGGAACAAGAAGUUGUACUCGAUAAUACUUAAAUAAUUUUUUUCGCUAUUGAAGAGACUCGCUAACUAAAA